AGAGCCCUUGAAAGCAUGGCUGUGCUAGCUGCAAGCACGAUAGUCCUACUAAUACGAGUCUUCCUUCUAACAGGUUAUCUUUUGAUAGGAGCGUUUAUAUUCCAACUUCUUGAGAGGAAAAACUUUGCAACGGAGCUUCGAGAAACAGUAGAAAUCCGCCGCAAUAUCCUCGCAAAAUAUAACAUUUCACGACAUGACGCCUCCAGAUGGGCGCGAACGUUCCUCUCUAAUCCACUGAUGGAAAACAUUUCACUGGAAUGGAACUUUGGCAACUCGUUUGUUUUUGCCAUGGUGACCGUUACAACAAUUGGGUACGGCAACAUUGUUCCCAAGACAUUCGGUGGUCGCUUGUUUUGCAUUUUCUACGCGCUGCUUGGGAUCCCUGGUACCUGCCUCACACUCAAGGCAAUCGGAGACAAGAUUUCCGAGAAACUCUGUGCUCUCAUCAAAUUCUUGGAAAUGCGUGUUUUGAAGCGUCCGCGCCCGCAACACCUUGAGCUGAAGACAGCGGUUACUAGCAUUGUGAUGGCGGUGUGCGUUGUUCUGCCGUUACUUGCGAGCGUUGUUUACUACAGGAAGUCUGAAUGGACUUAUUUCAAUUGCCUGUAUUUCACGUUUAUUACGCUAUCCACUAUUGGCUAUGGGGAUUUCCUCCCCCAUUUCGAAAGUCGUCUGGACUUCUUGCUCAUCACUGUAGCGUUUAUUGGCUUGGCAUUCGUAUCCAGUAUUUUUUGCUCAAUGAAUAAUUUGAUGGAGACAUUUGGGUUGACGGCUAGAAUUGUGGACUUGCAAGACUCUGGUGAGGAUGAUGACCAUGGUAAUGAGCUCGAGGAACUGCGCAAUAACGACAGCUGCAUGAAUAUUUCUGAGAACCAAGACAACGCUUCUAAGAAUAACCGAGAUGUCACCAGUAAAAGAUCUUCAAAGAAUGACAAUAAAAGCCGUCAAGAGUUUACUGCAGAUACUGGAAAGCGUAACUCGGUUUCAGUAGGUGUAUUUCUAGCCUGACAUCUAUGAAGAUACUAUAUAGAAAAGAGAACACGUCCUCAGUUGUCUCUAGGGUGAUUUAGAUCCACAACGCCGGCAAGAAGACGCCGCCUCGCGCACGUUCGACACCGACGCCCGAUUAAAUCUCGCCAUUUUCAAGUUGUGUCAAGUUGUAGUGAGUUUUCAACACUUGAGGAAACCAUUCCACUGCCCGAUAAGAAGUGAGCCAAUCACGGCUAACAUCAUUUUUUGGGAUCACUACCAGCCAAUCAGGUUUCUUUUCUGUCAAAUGCUUUGACAUUUAGCUGUCACCGUGCGCCGAAAAAGAUGUAAACAGCUUUUCGAAGGUAUUGGAAGUUUUGCUACAAAAUGAUACUUUAUCUACUUGUUCUUUGUCUUUUUUUCGAAAAGAGCCGAUGCCACGGCAGUGUUUGGGGUACCAGUUGCUACAGACAUCCACGAUUUUUAUUGAUAUUCAAUAAUUAUUUAGACGAUCUUUUCAUUAACUCUGAAGAUUAUAAUUUGCUUUUCGGAAACCCGUAAACAACCGGGACGCUACCGCUAGCUUUGAGAAACGCUCUUCCUCGCCCGGAAAGGUAUCCCGAAAACUCUCCCGGUACCCUAACGGGCCCCGUAAUUACCGGGAGUUUUGGGAAACGACCCCCAGGACGGCAUUUCAUGCUUUUUCACGUCCUCUUCAGGACGGGACGCUGGCAAAAAUUAGCUUGCGCACGCAAUCGAACGUGCGCGAGGCGGCGUCCUCUUGCCGGCGUCGUGGAUCUAAAUCAACCUUCUUUCUCGACCAAGACGUCUUGUUCUGUAUCUCAGUAGGUGGGUCAGGAUCUUAUCUUUUGCGUGGGCGUAAUUUAGGUACACUAUGGCCACCCAUUUAGUUCAUACAAAUAUAUCUAUCAGAGGUGACAUAUUGUUAUAUGGGAGGCAUGGACGCUGCGCAGCCGGGCCAUGCUAUCCCGGAUAAAAAACAUUAUUUGUUUCCUCUCGGCUGCUGCUUCCUAGUAGCUCGGCAGCCAUGACGGAUACUCAUGGCUUCUCCUAUUCACUACUCGUGGUAGGAACAUUUCUAGGGGUUAUGAUAAGUAAUUCGCGGCUGGUCAAACAGAAUCAUGCUGAUGACACUGAGUCCCGUUGAAAACAAUCCGUAAUAAACCCGGUAGGCUGGGUGUACCGGGGAAUUCGCCAGACGGCAUAAAACCCUACCGGGGUUGAUGGCAAAAGCCUUCCAGUCAAUAAGGCUAGCGAGACAGCCGAGAGAACAUAAGAUGUAGAUAAAUACCAGAAGCAGCCAUGCGCGGUUUUUCCCAAACUUGGUCGCUUUUUCAUCACUUACGCAAAGGUACGCAACGCAGCGAUGACAAAACACAAUAAUCAGUACCAGUGUCGCCAUGGCAACGAAGACAAAGGUCAGGACUCCAGUGGCUUUGCAGGCCUGGUCACCAUAGUUCCAGCGAAAUUGCAGCAGUGUAGCUACCGUGAGGGGCAUGGUGAUGAGUGCGGUAAUGACGCAUGCGGGCGCAAGGGCUAGCACGAGUCUGUUAGUGAAGACGGAGCCGGAUUCCUCGGAAGGACGGCGGUACCCCAACACACACAGAAUGCUGUUGCCAAUGACGACGGUUGCGCACAUGCCAAUCACUCCGGCUGCCUGUAGUGACAGGGACAUAGCGGGUACCAGGCCGUACGCGUCCAUCUGGGGGUCAUGGUUGGCGUCGAUAUCAUCAGGGGACGCAGGGCGCGACGCUCCAUUCAUCUAAACGGGACAAGAUAUGAACUUCCUUUUUUUUAGCUCGAAAGAGAUAAAAAAAGCUAGAUAGAAAUAGGCAUCGAUUGCUGGCACACACAUGCUGAUUUUGUUUGGGGAGUGCUGUAAGUUGUUCACCAACGAUACGUUGUCUUUGUGAAACAAAGGAUGAGAUAUAUUUUUUAACUUCCCCUCGGUGAUUGAUUCGGAAUAUAAAACUGGCAAGAGCGGGCAAAACAGAUUGUUAAGUGCUCUAUUCGAAUAGUUCAUAUGCCCCUCAGAGUGUACUUGAAAACGGGAAAGGAAUACGGUAUUUCUAGUUCCGGUACUAAAAUUAUGAUUUGGAAUAGAGAGCAACGAUCAUUAAGGAUUGUUUAGAAAGCACGAUUUGGUCUAAGUGACCUGGCUACGACAAGUUCUAGGCCUGAAUUACACAAUUCGACUUUCGCACGUCGUAGGCUGAUUUACACUUUACGACUCGAAUUUUAGAGGUGUCACGGGCAAGAAGCAAACGACUACAUCGUGCUGUCUAAAUAAGGAAUCACCAUACCUUAUAUAGAUACUGCAGCGAUAAGAAUCACUCGAUGAGAAAGUAACACGAGAUAAUAGUAUCAGAGAUAUAUAAUAUUCAAGUCAGACUUUCAAUAUCAUCAGACAAGCAGGUCGGGGUUACAAACCCUCUUGUUACCUUUUCGACCCUAACAAGUGUUUGCCCUUGUUAACCUCCUGUGAAUUAGUUAAUGUUUGCUCUUAUUAAGCUUUGUUUCACUUGAAGCAGAACACCCCAGACAGUGUUUUUUUUUCGGGGGGUUCCCAAACUCAAGGAAAGGGUACUUGUGUAUGUGUAAAGGAAGGGGGGGGGGUUACAGCAUAAGACAGGUCUCCUAGUUUUUUUUUUCUUUUUCCAUUAGGAAACUGCAAUCCAUCGCCCGGUUUAGGCGACGGCGAUGUACUUUUUGUCCUGUUUCAAAUACAAAUGACCUAAUUCGCCUUAUUCCCUUUAGAAAUGGCACACGAACCUUUAUGGGCUAAUAUCGGGCCCGAAAAAGAAUUUGACAGUGUUUAUGUCACGAUCUAACAAUAGAAAGCCACAUCCAAUUGUUAUUAAUUUAAUUUAAUUGAAUUAAAAUAUGCAAGUCUAA